GCGAGAGCCGCGGCUUCCGGGGGAGCCACGCGGGAGCCGGGCCGCGCCGGGCCGCGCCGGGGAUGCCUCCUGGCAAGGGGCAGAUGACACCUCUCCUGCCCCCCCCGAAGGUCCCCAUGCUGGCCCCAAAGGGCGCUCAGGCCCCUGCCGCGGAAGGUGGCACCUGUCCCUCGGCACGCAGCUGUCCCCAGAUGGCCGCCGAGGGCCCCAGUUCACCGCAGGGGUGCAACAAGAAGAAGAGCCGCAAGCACCAGAGGUUCUUGGAGCGCAGGGCGCUGCUGGAGCAGAAGGGGCUGCUGAGACCCCGCAAGCGCCCGGGCAGCCAGGCACCCGCAGCCAGGCUGACGGAGGAUACCUGCAGCCCUCCCGUGGUUCCCACUGCGGAACCACAAAGCGGGAAGGUUGGGAAGCCCAAGCAGGUCCUCUCCCUGUCCGCCUCUCCGGACAGCAUAGCCAGGCACCACUCCGUGCUGCUGUCCCAGGAUGACAGGGGCAGCUCCGCCGAGGUGGGGACAUCUUCACCACUUCUGCGCCCAGGGAAGUAUGUGGCCAUCGACUGCGAGAUGGUGGGCACCGGCCCUCGGGGGAAGCUGAGCGAGCUGGCGCGAUGCACCAUUGUGAACUAUGAGGGGGACGUCGUGUAUGACAAAUACAUCCAGCCUGCGUUCCCCAUCGUGGACUACCGGACACGCUGGAGUGGGAUCACGAAGCGGCACAUGAAGAAUGCUAUUCCCUUCAGGGCUGCCCAGGCAGAGAUCCUGAAGAUCUUGAAAGACAAGAUUGUGGUAGGACAUGCCAUCCACAACGACUUCCAAGCCCUGAAAUACUUCCAUCCAAAAGACAAGACCCGAGACACUAGCCGGAUCCCUUUGCUGAACCAGAAGGCAGGAUUCCCUGUCAAAGUCAAUGCCUCUCUCAAGAGCUUGGCCAAGCACCUGCUCCACAAAAAGAUCCAGAUCGGCCGCAAAGGACACUCAUCGGUGGAGGAUGCGCAGACAACCAUGGAGCUUUACAGACUGGUGGAGGUGCAGUGGGAGAAGGAGCUGGCCAGCAGCCUGCCCCCAAGGGCCCCCAGCCCUGUCGCAGACAGCAGCACGGACAGUGACCAGUACAUGGAUGACCAGUACUGGCCCACACACCUGAACAUAGAUAGCCUGUGAAGGGUGACAGCUUCUCCUCUGAGUGUUUUGAGACAUCUGGCGCCUUCAGCUAUUAAAGCGGAGGCAGCUGCUGGUGCCUGUGUGGUGGUCUGUGGGGUGCUUCCUUUUCCCAGGGUUGUAUCCCAAACACUCUGCCCAGCAGCAGUAUCUUAGUGCAGAUGGUGACAUGGUUGCUUCUGUUACCAGACUGUGCAUAGAGUCCACCAUGGGCAUGGUGGGCCGCUAUGCACCCCUUCUCUCCUGUGCCAGCCUCUCCCUUGGGUACUGGCUGUGGCAGACUGUGGGCUUGGCGGUGGUGAACCUUCACCAUCCUGUGGGAGGGAGAGCAGGCAGAUCCACACUCUGUGGCAGCAGCAGUCCACUGCCUGCUGUUGGAGGCACCAGAGAUCUUGGAGUUGCAAAUGGAUCUCCUAGCUGUGCCACUUCCCCUUGGUUGCUUUCAUUUGGGGAGGAGUACGUUUAGUAUGAGGCACAGUUGCUCUGGGUACCUCAGGGCAGCAUCUCCUGAAAACGCUGUCUGCAGCCUCUUGCCAUCGGAUGAGAGCCUUCUCACAGGAGAGUGCUGUGGCUGGGCCAUAUUGAUCUGUCGCCUGGUGCUCUGGGAGGAGUGGGGCUGAGGCGCCAGAUGGGAACACUCCCUGUGGGCAUGUGAUGGCUGGGCUAGGACUGCCAGGGGACCUAUAUGUGAUAACCUCAGAGGGCAGGAAGAGGAGCCAUCUCUGGUGAUGGGCAAGUGACUAGUCUUGCUGGUAAUUUCUUACUUCUCUGAAUCUGUGGUGAUGAACAGGACCCUGUUGUGACUGUGAAAUGGUCAGAAGGAAAAGCUGUGUUUCCUUCUACCUGAACAUGCAACCACAUGGGCAAGCUGCAGAAUCGUGGAAGAAUUCAGGUUGGCAGGGACUUCUGGAGAUCAUCUAGUCCAUAGUGUACAUCACAGCCCUGGUACAGCAGUUCUUUGCUGUCUCGCUGACACCUGAAAAUUACAGACUGUCCAGGGCCAGUUAAACAACCAGUUUCCUUCCUACCUUAAUUGCACAGUGAAGGCCAAAAAGAAAGUCCAGGUUUAAUCAGUCUCUAAUUUCCCCUGGAUAAAAUAGGAUGCACUAGAUCUUAAAUAAAUUAUUCAUAUUCUUGUCAAAUCAUGAAUUAAAAAUCAUU